AUGACAUCUGUCCUGCACAACCCAUCCACCAUGAUUGACCGACUCAUUGCCUUCUUUAACGCCCGGGACGUGGAGACCCACGUCGUGGGCGGGAUGGUGCGGGACCGCCUUCUGGGCCGGAACAGCGAAGUGGGGGACAUCGACCUGGCCAUCAAGGGCGACGCGGUGGCACUGGGCCGGGAACUGGCGGAGGAACUGGGCGGGUCGCUGGCGCCUCUGAGCGUGCCGCGAGGGAUGAUGCGAGUGGCGUUGCCGCCAUCGGGUCAAGGGGAUGAAGGCGACGGGAGCAACGGUACGAUCAUCGACCUUUCCGGGUAUUCCGGGGAUAUCGAAAGCGACCUGGCGCGGCGGGAUUUCACCAUAAAUGCCAUGGCCAUCCCGUUGCGGGAAUGGCAGGGCGAUGAAUUCAGCGGCGCGGUGCUGGACCCCUUCGGAGGGCGCAGGGACCUGAUAAUCAAGGCAAUCCGAGCGCUGAACCCCGACGUAUUUGAGGAGGACCCAGGACGGUUGCUGAGGGCGGUACGGCUGUCGGGGGAGCUGGGGAUGCGGAUCGAGCCGGACACGGUGCGGCUGCUGAUGUCCAAUGCCGAGUUGGUGCGCCGGGUGUCUCCCGACCGGGUGCGGGACGAGUUCCUGAAGAUCCUGGCUCCACAGGGGGCGCGAGGGCGCAUAGAGGCGCUGGACCAACUGGGGAUGCUGAAACACAUCAUUCCGGAGCUGAUGGCGGCAAAGGGAGUGGACCAGCCGCGAAUGCACUACUGGGACGUCUGGGGGCACACCCUGCACACGGUACAGGCCGCGGAGGGAGUUACCGGCGGGCACCAGAAUUCGCCGGUGUAUUUCUGCGUGCCCUGGACGCCGGAUUCCGAGGCGUAUUUCGCCGAGGUAGUGAGCGACGGGCACACGCGGCGCACCAUCCUGAAGCUGGCGGCCCUGUUCCACGACAUCGCCAAGCCCCAGACCAAGACCCUGGAACCGGAUGGGCGCACGCGAUUUUUCGGCCACUCGGAGCAGGGCGCCGAGGUCGCGGAGCGCAGGUUGACGGAGUUGCGGCUGAGCAACCGGGGCGUGGAUAUGGUAUCGGGGAUGGUAUUGCACCACCUGAGACCGACGGGGAUGUCGAACGACGGGGAGUGGCCCACGGACCGAGCGAUCUACCGGUACUUCCGGGACACGGGCGGCGUGGCUGUAGACACGCUCUUUCUGUGCCUGGCCGAUUAUCUGGGGGCAAAAGGGCCGGAGUUGUCGCAUCCCGAAUGGCUGGAACAUGCUAAAAUGAUAUCUCACGUGCUUUUUACAGGCACGCGGGAGCCGGUCGCCGCAAACACGGCGCGCCUAGUCAGCGGACACGACCUGAUGUCCCGGUUCCAACUCCAGCCCGGAUCCCACAUUGGCUUUCUUCUGGAAACCAUCGAAGAAGCGCGGGCGGCUGGCGAAAUCGAGACUCAGGAGCAGGCGCUGGAAUUGGCAGCUGCGACAAUUGAAAGCCAGGGGUACUCCCGCGAUGGUUCGCGGGCCAGUUCCGUUUAA